CAGAUCAUUCGAGAAGGCUCACCCAUCAGAUUAUUAGACCCCUUUACAGACGAGCUGCUGCUUCCAUCUACAAAUAUUAACUGAACUACCAUAAUAUAAGUAGUAAUAGAAAGAGCAGUAGUGUGUGUGAAAAGUAAUUUUUUUUGUUCAAUUUUUUUUUGUUUUCAGAAGUAAUAAUCCGACCACGUAUAGCUCAUUAUUGAUUUUUCAACUCCAACUAUCCUAAGUGGUAAUUCACCAAUUGAUUCUUCAGCCAUGAAAUUUGCCAGUAUAUUGAUUUCCCUAUUACAGCUUUUCGCUGUGUCGAUGGCAUACUCUCUUUCAGAAGGUACCAUCAACGUCGGUGAUCAAAUAGUACAAUUUGGCGAAAUAAACACCCAAGAAAUCAAACAAUUGACCAUUGAUGUUCCAAAAGAUAAAAUUGAAAUUCAAUUAAAGUUAGCAGAAAGCUUGAAAGAUAGACCACACCAUGUUGUUAUCACCUUGGGGGAUAAUAAAGAUUUGACUCAUUCUUAUGUUCCAAACUUUGUUCCAUCUAGUCAAUUGCUUAAAUUAACUAUUCCAGUAGGCAAAAUUCCAUCAAUUUUGAAACUUAAAGAGAAAUUGUUUUUAAACUUAAUUGUCAGUGAUUCCAAUCCUAAGCAAAAAAAUUUAUUAAAAUCCUUAGUUGAAAUCAUUCCAACCGAAAACUUACAAUCUACUAUUCAAUAUGCUCAACCUGAUACUCUUGGUCCUAAACCAGAAAUCCAUCACAUUUUCAAGACCGAAGAAGCUACUGCCAAUCCAAUCAUCCCGCUUACUUUCUCCGCUGUUGCCGUUGUAUUGACCUUGGGUUUAUAUAUUGGCUGGAAUAUUUUCCUCAGCGGUAAUUUGUUUGCAACAAGUAAGCACAAUUCAUAUCUUGAAGCUAUUCAAACUUUUGGUUUUUUGGCCUCUAUAACCGGUUUUGAAGUAACUUUCAUCAGAUACUAUUUAGGGGAUUCAAUUUUCAAAACCUUAGCCCGUAGCUUCCUUCUCGGUUUACCUGCUAUUUUCUUUGGUUCUAAAGUUUUAUCCAAAUUAUCAAUUCAACGUAAAGUUGGUAAAGCUUGAGGGCUCAUUCUUCCAUCAUUUAGUUUUUUCUUCUAUAUAUAUACAAAAUCAGCAAAAUAUUUUAUU